CAAAAAAUCGAUUUAGUUAGACGAGGAAAAACGACCCCCGCGUCCAACACACCAGCCCCAAGCCAGUGGGAGAUUAGUAGUAGUAACGACAGUCCUUCAAACAUUACGCAGCCAAUCGUCGGGCUAUACUCCAAGGUUUGCCCAGCAGAGAGUAAAAGAAAAAGAAGUGUGAAGAUAGCACAGAACGUGCAGCGCAAACAAAACGAGUGAAACCAGUAACAGCCUCAGUCAACGUCAGCCCCCGUAGCACCUAGCACCGAGAAUCGAGCGUUUCCACCCCCAACAAUAAAAAAAAGAGUGCACGCCGCCAACCGCGUCGUUGACAUCGAGCCACAGAGAGCCCCAACAGCAACAACAACAACAACAGCAGAAGAAACAACAGCAACACGAUGGCGUUCGCUGGACUGAAGAAACAGAUCAACAAAGCCAACCAGUAUAUGACGGAGAAAAUGGGCGGUGCGGAGGGCACCAAGCUGGAUAUGGACUUUAUGGAUAUGGAGCGUAAGACGGACGUGACCGUGGAGCUUGUGGAGGAGCUGCAGCUGAAGACCAAGGAAUUUCUGCAGCCAAAUCCAACGGCACGUGCCAAAAUGGCCGCCGUGAAAGGCAUCUCGAAGCUGUCGGGACAGGCUAAGUCUAAUACGUAUCCCCAGCCUGAAGGUCUGUUGGCUGAAUGCAUGUUGACUUAUGGUAAGAAGCUCGGCGAGGACAACAGCGUGUUCGCGCAGGCGCUCGUCGAAUUCGGCGAAGCGCUGAAACAAAUGGCCGACGUCAAGUAUUCGCUGGACGACAACAUCAAGCAGAACUUUUUGGAGCCCCUGCAUCAUAUGCAGACCAAAGACCUUAAGGAGGUCAUGCACCAUCGAAAGAAGCUGCAGGGCCGGCGUCUCGACUUUGACUGUAAACGUCGCCGACAGGCCAAAGAUGAUGAAAUUCGUGGUGCUGAGGAGAAGUUCGCCGAGUCAUUGCAGUUGGCGCAAGUAAGCAUGUUCAAUUUAUUGGAGAACGAUACUGAACAUGUCUCACAACUCGUGACCUUCGCUGAAGCACUUUACGAUUUUCACUCUCAGUGCGCCGAUGUACUGCGUGGCCUGCAGGAGACGCUACAGGAGAAACGUGCCGAGGCUGAGAGCCGGCCACGCAAUGAAUUUGUGCCCAAGACGCUGCUCGAUCUGAACUUGGACGGCGGUGGCGGCGGCCUCAAUGAUGACGGCACGCCGUCCCACAUUAGCUCGAGCGCCUCGCCGUUGCCCUCGCCGAUGCGCUCGCCCGCCAAGUCAAUGGCCGCGACACCGCAUCGCCAGCAGCAGCCCUGCUGCCAGGCCCUCUACGACUUCGAUCCCGAGAACCCAGGCGAACUGGGCUUCAAGGAGAACGACAUCAUAACGCUCCUCAAUCGCGUCGACGACAAUUGGUACGAAGGUGCCGUCAAUGGCCGAACCGGCUACUUCCCCCAGUCAUACGUGCAGGUGCAGGUCCCCCUGCCCAAUUAGAUUGCCUGCAUAUUGAUCACAAUAAUAAACUGAAUGUUGGUUUCGCAGCUUGGCACAUAGUAUAAAUGCAAAAAGAUGCAUACAAUUGUAGAUGGUUAUAUGCGGAUUAAUAUGGUUUAGAGUUACGAUUACGGCUUAGCUAGCACAGCACAUUCACGUGGCCAUAUAAACAUCUAUGAAACGGCGCAACGGCGAAACAAAAAAUAAAAACACGAAAAAAAAAGAAUAC